AUGGCGAAACGGCUCAACAAGCAGUGCGCAGCGUUCGCAGAUUGUCCGCCGUAAUGUUGAGGGUAUACCCUAUGGGUCGGGCCACUCAAGCAACUGCCAUCGACUUUGAACGAUUUUAAUCUUGAACGAGUAAAUCAAACGGGGAUCCCAAUUCUGGAACAAACUCUUGAAGACGCCCGCAUCUUUCUGGGUGCUCGAUUUCAGGCCUUCGAAGCCGUUCGUGCCAUAGCAGCAAUUGCUCAACUCAUAUCGCUUCGACAGGGAGAUGAAUCGGAUGUUGAUGAUGAAGCGGAUGAUGAGGACGACGUCGAUAGCUCAGAUGACACUGACGAUGCUCCACUCGACGAUGCUCCACCCGGCGAUGCUCCACCCGACGAUGCUCCACCCGGCGAUGCUCCACCCGACGAUGCUCCACCCGACGAUGCUCUACCCGGCGAUGCUCCACCCUGCGAUGCUCCACCCGACGAUGCUCCACUCGACGAUGCUCCACCCGACGAUGCUCCACUCGACGAUGCUCCACCCGGCGAUGCUCCACCCGGCGAUGCUCCACCCGACGAUGCUCCACCCGACGAUGGACCCCAAGGUCCGGAUAGACCGCUGCAAGAAAUUGUUGACGAGUGGCUGGACGAAAAUAAGGAAAAUCUGAUUCCAUACGAUGUGAACUCACGGAAUUCUGGCUUCCCUCAUAAAUCGAAAUGGCAGAGCUUGCCGAACUAG